CCGAGAUGGAUUUCUGGGUUGCCACGAAGCUACGAACCUAUUUUAUUUAUAAGAGAAAGAAAGAUUAGUAAGAAAGUAUGGUAGCGUAAAUUAUCCCGUAUUUUAUUAUCUCUGUUAAGUUCAGGCGGCUCGCUCCUCUUCCCUCGUGAGUCAAGUCCUUUUCGUAUUCUGUGCCGAACGCUUCUAUUCCUUGUGCAGGAGACAUGCCAUCAGAUCUUCCUGGUUUUUACUUUGAUCCCGAGAAGAAUAGGUACUUCCCCAUCAAACGUCCUGGGGACAAAGCUCUCUUCCCCGACAAAACCCAGAAGUGUGUUCAGCCAGAAACUGAGAGGUUUAGGAGGACAACAUGUGGAACAACUAAACUGCUUCAUACAAGGGAGUUGUCUGGUAAAGCCCUCAUUAACAAAAGGAGAAGUACAGAUUUUCGUCACGAGUAUCAAAAGUUACUAGCCUCGCAACCUGUGGUUUGGAAAUACAAGGAUGUAACUUAUAAUGCUUUAGAGAAGUUCCAUGCUCUCGUUGAAACACCUCAUGGAAGAAAGGAAGCAUGCAUUUUGGCAGUGGGAAAUAUAAAUGGCGACAUCAGUUUUUUUGGUGUUGGGGUUUCUGAAUGGUAUUCUGAUAAUGCCGUGGAAUGUAACUCGACUCGUAUAAGUCCUCCUGCUAAUGAAUUAGUGGCCGAGUACGGUGCACCUCCUUCUAUCUGUGGUUCGAUAGCACCAUCGGUACCCUUGUUAUCCAGUACAUCGUGUAUAAAGAAGAUGGCAUCGUCUCAUAACGACUCAUGUCUCUCUCAGCAUCUAUUAAUUGCAACUCUUGGUUCAGGAAUAUCAGGGGGAUCCCUCUAUGUUUUACAUUUGAUGGACCCGGUACACAACUAUGAAAGACAGAGGACGCCCUUGCAAAGAAGGGUUUCUGAAGUUUUCUCUACUAAUCACACGAUAUGGACUGCUGAUGUUAAUUCAAGUGGAACAAAAGCGGCGAUUGGUACGAACAAAGGAGCUGGUUUAGUAAGUUUGGAAACUGGUGUACUUUCCUGGGUAUGUCGUAGUAAAAGUGACAUUCUCUCUCAGCAGUUUGAUCAAUCGGGUAAUAUUAUAUUUUGUGGUUUUAGAAAUGGAGCAAUUGCCGCAAUCGAUGCUCGCUAUAAACACACAGGACUUUCUGGGCAAUCUGUGGUACUUCCAAAGCAGACUAUUCCUUAUCCUUCUACUAAAGCCAAUCUGGCUUCUAUUGGAGACAGCAAUCGAUUUUCCAAGAAGUACUUUCAGUUUAAGGGAAAUCUGAAUCCCUCUGGUGCUAUAUUCAUGCCAUCUUCAAUUUGCAGCUUGUCAUUGCUUCAAUCUGAAGACCAUUACUUGUUGGCUAGCUCUAUGGAUGGAUCUAUUAAACUUUUCGAUUGUCGUGCACUACAAAGAGGAGCUGUACAGUCUUACGAUGGACAUGUGAAUUCCCAUAGUCUCAUACAGCUUGGUGUGGAUCCAACAGGAUCAAUUCUAAUGUGCGGUGGGGAGGAUGGUCACGUACGUAUAUGGAGUGUCAAGAGUGGGGAAUUGUUGUAUGAUUCAGAGAUCUCAGAAUCUGUUGUCCAUUCCGUGUGCUGGUCGCAUUCUAUUGGAGAUAUGUCUCCGUGGGGAUCCCACAUGCAGGACCAUAGUUGGGCUGCAUGGCUUGCCCCUCGUGAAGGAUUAUUCUAUGUGCAUGGGUCAUGAUUGUGUUUUGAAAUUGUGCAAGGAUGGGAAGAGAUGUAAAUGGUAUUGAUUGGCAUUGGGAGUUGAAUGGAAGCAAAAAUUUAUGUGGUCAUGUUGCUGGCAUUUUGAAGUGGUUUUUGCUAAUCCUUGAUGUGGGAGCCGUUCUAAACACACCAUGGCAGCCAGUUCCCGUUCCCUGCAGGAAAUGAGGAAGGGCUAUGUAUUAUGAAUCUAUAAAAGCCAAAAGAGGUGACUGAUGCGUGCUUCCAAUAUUGCAGCUGUAUGAAAUAAAAAUCAUGGUGGCUUGCUUCAAAUUUUGUAUUUCAGUUGUAAAUUGCAUCUGCUGGUCAUAUGUCUCUUUGAAUGUUGGGAAAAAAAUCUCAAAUUGCGGAACAUCCAAGGGAGCAGAAUGAAAUUUUUUGACCAGUUUUUGAGACAGAACAUGGGCUGCAAGAAUGUUUUGCGCUGUAUUGGAAAGAAAUCUGAAUAAGCCACAACUAAGACAGCAUGUGCCUUGAGUAUGAUUGGUCCUCGGAGAUGAACUAAAAGCUCAUGGUUCCCCACAAACCAUUGUUCUCGUUUGGCUUUCCCACAAUACAGACCUCAGAUAUGAUUUAAAUUCUGGAAUUUAAUUGAAUUGCUGGAAUAUUUAAAUUCUGAUUUAAAUCCUGGAAUUGAAUUGAAUUGCUGGAAUGUUUAAAUCCUGAAUUUGGAUAUAUGUUAUUUGGAAAACAGUUAGAUUCAUGUAUUUCUACUGUUUUGCUUACCUAUUUGUAAAAUUUGGAUUGGCUUAUUUCAUCAUAUUUCAGGUUGUAAAAGUGUA